UCGAUAUCUCUCGAUCGACGGCACCCGCGAUUUCACUUGAUUUUGGUUCCAAGAUGUCUAGCCUUACGACCAUAAGCAGCGCUAGUAAGGAAUCGAUGGAGGUGGAGGAGCUCGUCGACACUAGGCUUUCGCUCGUGAUCGGCGCCGGGAGCCAACCGCCGCCGGUGCCAGAGGAAGCGGGUCACGUGGCGGGAAAUAUCGGAAGGAAGAAAGGGGAGAGGUGGAUAGGCGGCAGUAGUACAAGGCAGCAUGGCAAGAGGGCCAGGGCUGUGCACGGCGGCAGCGACAUCGACGAGGACGACGACGGAGGGGACGCAGCCGGCCGCGCGAGGAAGAAGCUCCGGCUCACCGGGGAGCAGGCGGCGCUGCUGGAGAAAAGCUUCCGCUCCCACAACGUCCUCUCCCAUGGUGAGAAGCAGGAUCUUGCGGGGCAGCUUGGGUUGAAGCCGAGGCAGGUGGAGGUGUGGUUCCAGAACAGGAGGGCGCGCACCAAGCUCAAGCAGACGGAGCUCGACUGCGAGCUGCUGCGCCGGUGGUGCGAGCGCCUCAGCGACGACAACGCGCGGCUCCGGCGAGAGCUCGCCGAGACACGCGCGGUCCUCCUCGUCGGCGGUUCACAGGACUCGACGCUCACGGGGUGUCCUUCCUGCAACAGGCUCGCCGGCGGCCGGAGGGCGGCCUAGUCGAUUUCGACUGCAAGAUUAAUUACCGCCGCCAUAGGACUAGUCAACUAGAAGUGCGCUGUCACGGAGUACUUGUUAACUGUAGCAUACGAUAGGCUAUAGGGUAUAGGGUAGUGAAUUAUCUAGGCAUGACGGAAAUAUGGAGUGUGUGGUGAGGUUUAUCUAGACUUACGUUCACGUGAGCCUGACGAGCUGACAAAAAAAAGGGG